UAAUUAGUGACCCGCGGUGAGGGAGCGAGGACCGGGGCUGGAGGAGGAAGAGGAGCGGAGCCUUCUUCACACUUUUCACCCUUGACUUCUUCUUUAUUUACUGUUUUCCGCCAUCUUCUCGUGCGUGGAGUCUCCGUCGGAGCCAGCCUGCUGUAAACCAAAUAUCUAGCCCAACCAAAAACACAGAGGAGGAUCCACCAGGGGAUCGCGAGCGCGCGUGUGUGUGUGAGAUUUGGGACUCAACAGAAGGUGUUUGUUUCCGAAGUGAACCAAAGCCGCGAACAUUUGUUUUUACGCACCGAAGCCGGGACUGAAGGAGUAUCCGACCUGACAUGCUUCGUCCACUGCCACCUGUGUUGUACAGCCAGGAGAUGAUCCACUUGAGCGAACUUGGAAACCUGUAAAAAACCAAAGACACACGGAGGGAUACAAGAGAAGAGAGAGAGCGACCCAGAAGAAAAGAAACCGAGUGAAAACAACGACGGCCCUCAGGUCGACAGAGGACCAUGUUUGUCCCCCUGCCGGUCCCCUUCGUCUUUCAGAGAACUGCGUCCGACUUCAGCGCCUGGAGACUCAAGUCCUCGCUGGCUCCGCGGUCCAGCCCCGAUAUCAGGAUGUCUAACGCAGGAGAGGAGGAGAAACCUGGAGCCGACUAUCCAGGAGAGAGCUCUGACUCGGACAGGAACAGCCCAGACGAGCAGGUGCAGCCAAUGAAAACCAGCCCAUUCAGACAUUCUCCGUCACCUGCUGCCACCAAGGUAAAACCAGAGGAGAGUUCAGAGACACACAGCGCCGUUCAUUCGGCGCCACCGCCGACUCAGCAGCAGCAACAGCAGCAGCAUCACCACACACAGCUGAUGCUGGCCGGCAGUCAACUCGCUGGGCUGGCCGCCCUCCUCCCGGCGCAGCAGCAGUUGCUCCUGCAGCAGGCUCAGGCGCAGCUCCUGGCAGCGGCGGUGCAGCAGUCCAACGCCGCACAUGCGGCCCACGCGGCCCACGCCGCCGCAGCACAGCAGCAGCAGCAGAACCAGGCUCAGCAGCAGCAGCAGCAGGGGAAACCAGAGCAGACGGUCCAAGGCCCACCUCCACUACCAGCACUGGCACUGUCACAGCCAAUCCAGCUCACCGCCCAGGACAUCCAGCAGCUCUUGCAGCUCCAGCAGCUGGUUCUAAUGCCCGGCCAUCCUCUGCAGUCUCCGGCCCAGUUCCUCCUGUCCCAGCCCACGCAGGCACAACAGCAACAACAGCAAGCUUUGCUCUCGACACCAAAUCUGAUCCAGCUACCUCAGCAAAGUCCAGCAGGGCUCCUGACCACCCCCCCUCGCCUCGGACCCCAAACACAGCGAGAGAAGAGCAGCGAUGUCGGAGGGAGCAGCAGCACAAGUAGCUCCAUAGCCCCUCCUGGUGGAGGCAGCAGCACUGUCGCAGCGUCGAUUGGUGGGGCUUCCAGCAGCACCAUGACCUCGCUCAGCUCCAGCCUGGCCCCCGGUGGUCACCUGGGUGAAGAGCCCAGCGACCUGGAGGAGCUGGAGCAGUUCGCUCGCACCUUCAAGCAGCGGCGCAUCAAGCUGGGAUUCACUCAGGGGGACGUGGGCGUGGCCAUGGGGAAACUGUACGGCAACGACUUCAGCCAGACCACCAUCUCUCGCUUCGAAGCGCUGAACCUGAGUUUCAAGAACAUGUGCAAGCUGAAGCCGCUGCUGGAGAAGUGGCUGAGCGACGCGGAAACCAUGGCGGUGGACAGCAUGCUGCCCAGUCCCUCCUCCAUCUCGUCCCCCCUGCUGGGAAUGGAGGGUCUCCCGGGCCGUCGCAGGAAGAAACGCACCAGCAUCGAGACCAACGUCCGCGUGGUACUUGAACGCAACUUCAACACGAACCAGAAGCCUACCUCGGAGGAGAUCAUGAUGAUGGCCGAGCAGCUCAACAUGGAGAAGGAGGUGAUUCGCGUCUGGUUCUGUAACCGAAGGCAGAAAGAGAAGCGGAUCAACCCGUCCAGCAGUACCACGCCGCCACUGCCCAGCCAAACCUCGCCCGUCGUGCCGCACAAAGUGGCCUGCUACAGUCCGCACAUGAUGUCAAGUCACGGACUGUCACAGGUCACAACCAGCCUCAGCACAACCGCUCCCAGUUUGUCUCCUUCAACCUCCUGCCCCAUGACUCCGGUCAGCUCAGCCACUGCAGGCCCCGCCUCCUCAUCUGGGACUCCGCCUCCUCACAGCACAGCCAGCCCCCCUGCACUGAGUGUUCAUGGACUCAACACUGGGAACACAAUGAUGGGAGUCAACACAGGCAUGAACCAAACCCUCAUGAGCAGCAACCCGCUGGCCACCAUGCAAGCACUGGCAGCCAACAGUGGCCCACUGUCCAUCCCGGGCCUGGAGGGAGGUGCUGGUCACAUGCUCCUGGCGGGUGCCGGCGGAGCUGUACCCCACUCCUUACGCCCCUCUCUCUUCCUCAACCGCCCCACUCUCCUCCCCAUGGUGACCGGCUCCAUGGCCACGACCUCUUCACCCGCCAUGGUCACCUACAGCGGCGGACCGCGCCCCUCCUACGUCCAAACUCCGGCGUCUGGAACUGGAAACCUCAUGAGCCAGUGUCCGGAUGAGUCCGCCUCUCCGUGUUCAAGUCCCGCCUCCUUCUGCUCCUUCAGCGAAGCCUCGCCACCGCCACUGGGCGGCGCCAUGGCAGAGUGACGAAGAGGAAGCUUUAAAACAAAUGUAUAUCUACAACCUCGCCUUUCAACCAAAGCCAUCUCUCUAUCUCAUCCAUCGCUGCGGUCGCCCCGCUCGCCGCCUCCUCGCCGACGUCUCCUGAAGCCAAAAAUAAACUGACACUGAUGAGGGGAGGCGGCCACGGCUGACCGAGGAUGGAGAGGAUAGAGAGAACCGCAGAACGGAGAGGGAAGCGAAACCAAAUAAUGAAUCUGGAGAGGUGUUUUUGUUCGGGCAUCGGGACAUUUUUAUCGUCUGGAGGAAAAAGAAAAGCGAACGAGGGCAGGGAGGAGAAGCCAAACUGUUGGGAGGCUACGAAGAAAAAAGACUUGCUCGACAAGCUCAGGCGGUGAAAAGAUGCCAGGAGAGAGGGGGAAAAAACACUCAAAGAACAAAACCAAAAUCUUCAAAUGCCAAAUACUGAAAACCAAAAAGGACACCAAAAAAAAAAAACAAUAAGCGGAGAGAAAAGCUUUAGUACGAAAAGACAUUCUGAUCCGUCCGGGAUCGCUCCAGUGCUCCAUCACACUCAUCCUCCAUUCCAACUUCAUUUUCAGGUAUUCACGCCGCUUUUACCAAACUUUCCGUGAGUUGUGUUUCAGCAGGAAAUCUACCUCUCUGGUUACAGCUUUAUACCCACAACCCUUUCUGUUCGGACGGGUGGAGUUUACUGACGCCGUACAGCAGCGCACAUUCUGUCCUUGAUAUCACAUUUCACAUGACUAUUGAUCCUUUUUGCUAUGAUUGUAUUUAUACUUCAGUUUUUUAUUGGUGGACUUCACGUGUUUCAUAUGACAGCUUCGCUUGCACCGUCCUUUCGCUUACGCUUAAAAAUAACCUUUAUUUAUAGUCAGAUUUGAGGUCUUGAGCAUCUUGAAAAGUUGCAUCACCCUGACACCUGUAGCAGCUCUACUCUGAGUCUGCAAUGACCGCGCUGUGACAGCCGUCUGCUCCAUCCUUGCCUUUUGUUGUUGUUGCUGUUUAUUUGCCAUAUUUAUGAUGAUGAACCUUGGCAUGUGUUGGUUGAGUUAGCCAGACUUAGCUAGCCACUUGGCAUCCGAUCCGAUGGGUGUCUGGAGUCCAUCUUUGCUUCUGAGGCCUUGUUCACACGACAGUUCACCUUUGACGUUUCCGGAAAAUUCCAGGCAUGAACACUGUAACGGAUGUAGUACAUAUGUGCGGCCUGUAUGUGGCGAUGUAAUGCUCCCACGAAACACAGAGAUGAUGGCACAGUGCAGGUACAUAAAAGUUAGCACUACAUCCAAGCCAGAAAAACAAACUAAAAUACAUUUUGGUGCUAAAGAUCUACUCACUGUGGGAGCCAGUUCUGCCAAGUUGUGGUUUCAGUGACGGUUCAGGACCUGCUCACAGGUCCUGGAUCUCAUAGUUUGCUUUUUUUCAACUUCCUAUAAAACCUUAAUGUAUCGUAUUCACUGGUGUUGUGGUACUCAAGACCACUCUCAGUCUGAAGACAGGACUCAAGACCACCUUGUCUUGGAAUCAACUGCAUUUAGACUUAGCCUCUGCCACGCUGCCUUGCUCUGCCUGCUGAGGUCCAGACCAGUCAAGACCUGAGCUGCUGUCUCUGGUGUGUUAAGGUACUCCAUGGACCUCUGUAUGUUUUUGGACUGUGGGAGGAAACCAGAGUAACAUACACCACACAGAAGGGAUUGAGGUUGCCCUUAGUGGGGAGAAAACCUGCAACCUUCUCGCUGUGAGCCAGUAACUACACUAGCGUCCAGUGCCCCAGUGCAACAUUAGUUUCGUCAUGAUUUACCUGGCGGUCCAGUAUUAGGGGUCUCCGUCCAUCUACUUUUAAACAGUGUAACUCGGUUGGGGAACUAAGAAGGGAUUUCAUUUCCAUAGCGUUGGCUCCAAAAAUACAGUGUCUGUGUCCAGUUCGGUCUUGGCUCAGCUCCCUCAAAGACAUAGUCUUGUCUCAGUCAAGGUCUGCUCUGCUCUUGACUCCAACUGUUCACCCCUUACAUGGAAAGCACUUUGGUCCAAGUGGGUUUUAUUCAUUUUAAUGAGUCCACUAUAAUUAUUUAUGUUGUCGAAGGGAAGCCUCUGUGGCAGCCACGGGGCGAACCAGCCGAAGCUGGAAUCUCUUGGUAAAUUAUUCAUGCUCAGUUACUGAAGGUGGGUCGGCCUCCUCUCACCGAGUCACAUAUCGCGUACUCGUUUCUUGGGCUUGUUAGGAAGCGUUAGCUUACCUGUCCGUGUCGCGCAGCACUAAACUCCACCCUGUUGGCGUGUCCACAGAAUCAAACCAAACGUACAGCUAUUAUUCAUCUGUUGACUGCCGUUUUUGUAGCUUUUCCAAAACGAUCUACCAAAGCGACCGGUUCGUCAUGGUCAAAGCCAAAGCUUCACUCUCAGUAGCGUUCAGGAAGCGGGUCGGGCUCCUUCUUUUGUUCAUCAUCGGCCAAACUCUCAUGUCAUCCAGACUUUUCAUCUUCCACCAGACAGUCACUCUUGGAAACCAAAGCAUCGCCUCUGGCAGCAGCGUUCGCCCGGGAGACGGGCGUCCAGACAAAACCUCAGCUGUGUCAAAGACAAGACACACACACACACACACACACGCAUACACAAAGAAUAUCUGCAAACCAAAAAGAAACAACAAAAGAAAGAAAGGUGAAGCACUGGCAUUCCCUUUACUGCCCCCGAAACCCUGCCCUCCAUCCUUCCUCCCAUCUGCCCCACUCCUUUGUCUCCAAAGAUCCGAUCAAAGGGCCAAGACGAAAAAAAAGAGGACGAAGAGGUGAUGAAGAGGAGAUGAAGAGCAGAGGAGCCACAAGCUGCAGGGGAAACGCUGAAGAGGAGGAGGAGGAGCGCUGGAAGACCAAAAAACCAAAAAGUAACCCAAAACCAAAAGCUACUACUACUGCUAUUAGUUAUGUACGAGCGAUCGGAAACCAAAUACGAACAAAGACGAGCGGAGAGGAUGGACCGUCUGUCUGUCUUUGACUGUGAUGCUGUUUGUGUACGGCAGACAGAAAUCUCUCCCUCCUUCUUUUCCUGGAUGGAUCAAAUAUGGAGUAACCUCAACCAACUGACUCUGAGAGUAUAUAUAUAUAUUUUUGUUCUUGCGUUUCAUGAUGUGUGUUAACGUCCCAUUGCUUUCUCUUUACUAUGCGGGGGAAGUGGGCGGGUCCUGGGGGAGGGGGCGGGGCUGGGCUUGGGCGACGUCGUUGCCUGUUUUCAUACGUCUCUUCAGUUGUGCUCUCUUUUCGUCUCGGGUGGAGAAAACUGUGAACAUGUAGCUUCGGUAAAAAAGAAACGCGUCGGGCGACGCGGAAUGUCGUGAAAAAGCCAAAAGUGAAAAACCAAAACUUUUUAACCUGCAACCAAAUAGAACAACCAAACCAAUGCACAAGCUGUAAUGACGUGUGUGUUCGUGUACGACCUGCAAGUGUGUGUGUGUGUGUGUGUGUGUGUGUGUGUGUGUGUGUGUGGACGGAGAAUGAUCUGACCUUCAAGCUAAACUCAUAUGAAUUGUGUUUGUUUAUUUCAGGAGCUCGACCGGGACCCGAGUCUUGCAUCACGUUGAUUGAUUCCACUUUUGUUAUGCGAAUAAUUUACCAUUUGUGUUACGAUGUUUGCGGCAACGCUCAGACCAAAUCUGUAGAUUUGAUCUGAAGAUUGAAGACGCUAAACGUUACCUCUGAGAUCAGUGGAGGACCCUGGUCUUUCUUUUGGUGGCCCCCAGCAGCCCGCGAGCCAGACUUUGGGCUCGUGGGAUUCAGAGCUACAACUUCAGGAAUCAAUCCCCGUGACGGAAACCGUGGCGAGGGUCCCAGGUCAAACCAAAAAUUUCAUAUACGAAGGGCAGUGAAGGCAACACGUGUGGAGGAAGCUGCGGUCAGACAGGCUUCCGUCCACACGUCUGAUGAAGGGAACGUCUGGUGUCAGCUGCCUCUGCUUCUGUCUUUUCCAUGCCUGAAGACCAAGACUUGAUAGCAAAACCAAAAGCUUUAAAACUCUCACGGGCUCUUUGUUAGGGGAAAGAAUAUUUGUAUUUAAUGUUGGCGGGAAGUCGGUGCUUCUGCUGCGGGGAAAUGUCUGUUUGUAUUUAAGGAACUCUGUCUCUUAUUUAUUUAAUUAUUCUUAUUUAUGUAUUUAUCGGAUUAUUAUAUUUAAGUCUUUCUGGAUCUGUGUAUAGCUUAUUUUGUUUGCGAGGGGUUUGUUGUGAAGCUUGUGUCUGUGGAGUUGAGCGAUCAAGAGAAGAUGCCAAACCAAUAUUUGGGACUGACUUCUGUCCCGCGUGGAGAGAAGCCGUGGAAACGUGAGUGGAGGCUUGUGAGUCAGAGCACCGGAUGUUCUGGCAACACCGAUCAUCAGGUGGCAGCAGCGGUCGCUGGCCUCGGAGGAAUGUGGACGUUCUCAUACGGAAGUCUCGGAAAUCCGAUCCCUUCCCAAGUUCAGGUGUCUUCAGGGGGUGGGGGCUGGCGUGAGAGGCAGACUGUCAUGACACAGCUCAGACAAAAGAGCUGGAUUUACUGGUCCAUCGACGUUCCUGCUCAGUCAGGGUGAGGAGUUUUGGCAAUGCUCCUCCACAUCAAGAGACACGAGAUGAGGCGUCUCCCUGGCCUGGGAGGAGGUCCCGGGUCAGACAGAGGAGACAGUGGAUGUCUCUGGGUUGUCCUGGCGACACCGGUCUGUCUGUCUCCCCUCACUGGCUCGAGACUCAGAAAUCUUACUUAGAUUGCUGCCCCCACGACCCAGUGAGGUGACAUCAAGGAUAAAAGCUUUUCUGACAGUCACCAAGUGUCAGUCCAGUUUAGGUCGCAGCCUAAAAGAUUCCUGAACUUCUGACUGAGCUUUCGUCCAAGACCUCUUUAGAGUGACUUGAGCUCUCAUUCGUAACCCCGACUCAGGUUUAGGAGCUGCUCUCUCGCUGAACUGCACCACCUGCAGGUCAGUCAUGACAACCUGAAAAGUUGCUGCAGCCUGAUGGAGACGCUGUCAGAAGUGUUAGCACGGCCGUUUCCUCCAGUGAUGUUUCCCUUCUCCUCCUCCUCCUCCGUGGGCGGAGGUCUUCACCUUGUACCUCUGACGAACAAACCAAAUAGACGUUCAAGCUUUAACAGCAAAAGACGACAUGACUUGUCUGAACUCAGGAGUUUAAGGGGACAGUGAAGAAUUGUGUCAGCAGUUGGAAUGACUUGAACCUAAUACGUCGCCCCCUGCUGGCGCAUGCCAGCGUGUCCUUCCUUUCACCACUGUGACUCGAGAACAGUGUUAUUUCGGGAAACAGACGAUUCAGUAUCGACACGAAACAAUUGAUAUAGCUGGCUCUUCUGUACGUGUGACGUUGAGGUCGGCUGUACCAAAACUAAAGCUCUGUAGUGAGAAGCUAGACACGCUCAAGGCCGCGUCCACACGACUGCGCAACUACACAACAAUCUAUUUUGACCUUGUGAUCCUGAACAGUAGCGUCAAUUGAGGAAAUAUACAUAUACAUUUCUGCCAUUUCCACCCUCAUCCAGAAAGGUCAUUGCAUGCUAUGUGAUCAAGAUUGUGAUGAUGUCAUCAUCCAUCUCAGAGAGAAACGUGGCCAAGUUAAAGCUCACGAUUCUUCCAGUAAAGCAAAUGUUAGCACCAAAAUGUAGCGACAGUUCAAAGCGCCGUCGUGUGGACGCGGCCUCUCUCUCAACUGUACAUAAAAACAUGGACGCGUCACCACGGACAAAAAGGUUUUUGCUGCCUGUCGUUGAUGUGAAACCGGAUGUUACGAACUCUCUUCAGGCCUUGAGUUUUCUACUGUGGUUCGUUUUGUGGCGUCAGAUGUUUGUUUUAAUACUUCAGUAUUUCCUUCAUCGGCCUGGCGUACACAAAAACACGACAGGAAAAGCGGAACGCCGUCGGUUUAUCGCCCCCCGUUGUCCAGCGACGGUUUUACUUUCUAUUUUUUCUACAACGCAGCUUGAAUCCAAAGGUUAUGAGGAAGAACAGCGACAAAAGAUUUUACUGCUGAAGAAGAAAAGAAAAAAACCUCAAAAGUGAAAACCAAAGAUCCACUGUUUCUUCUCACCGCCAUUUUAUUUCUCUGCUUGGUUUCAACGACGGCUGUAGAACUCUGAAGACAAGCAUUUGUUCUUUCUGUUCUGAUGGGCGACGACGAUGUGCUGUAUUUCCACCAGGGGAGGGCGCUCUCUGUUUGAGUUUGUAAGCUGAUUCUGUUGUUCGGGUUUUGGAAGCGGCGCUGUGCCGUUCCCGAACUCAUCGCUAUCUGUGUGCCUGUUGUUUUGGGGGAACGGGAACAAGAAAAACCUGUAAGUGUUAGGAAUAAAGUGCGAA